AUGGAGGACACAAGCGCUGCGCUCAGAGCCGCUGAAGAGCUCGUCGAAGCUCUCAAGCGCCAUCCGCGGGCGUCGAAGGCCGAGCACCUCGCCCUGCUCGAACGCGUCGACAAGGUGCGCAGCCUGCUCGAGACGCCGUACGAUGUGAUGGAGAGGCAGCAGGAAGUCAUGUGCGCUGCUGGCGUCAUGUACACUUUGAUCAUGACUGGGGCCAUCAAGAAGGUCCCGAACGAGGGCACCAUCACGGCCAGGGAGCUUGCCGUCGAGAUGAACAUGGAUGUGUCGGCCAUUCAGCGUUUGAUGCGAGCAGCCAUCGUCUCCGGCUUCUUCGCCGAAACCGCCCCCGACACGUACGCGCACAACGCACUCUCGCAGGCGUACCAGCUCGAUGCCCAGGGGCCCUUCUUCGUCCUCUGCAUGGGCUUCAACAAGAUGUGUAUGACGCUUCCCGAGUACUUCAAGACGCACCAGCCCGAAGAGAUCUACGACUUGAAGAAGUCGCCGUUCUGCUUCAGCAUCGGCAAGGAAGGGAAGACAUACUAUGAGGCGAUAGAUGAGGAUGCCGAGCAGCGCGAUAUCUGGAACAAGUGCCUUCAGAUCAUUGAGAAGAACAUGCCUAUCUCGGGCAUGUUUCCGUGGGAGUCGCUCAAGGAGCAAGUGGAGAAGGAACCAGAGCGGCCGUUCUUCGUUGAUGUGGCCGGGGGCCGUGGCCAAGCUUGUCUGAAGCUCCAGGAGGAGAUCCCUGGGACGUUUGGCGGCAAACUGAUUCUGCAGGAUCUGCCUAUCGUCAUCAACUCGCUCAAGCCGGAGGAAAUCCCGAACAUUGAGCCGAUGGCGUAUGAUAUCUUCACACCACAGCCGGUAAAGAACGCGCAUGUAUACUUCAUGCGGCGGCUGCUCCACGACUUCUACCCGUCUGUGUGCAUUGACAUCCUCAGAAACACGGUCUCAGCCAUGGGCCCGGAGUCCCGCCUGAUCGUCUGCGACAUGUUGGUGCCGGAGAAGGUUGAACCGGGCCAUCUGAAGGAGCUGUACUGGCUGGAUCUGAACUUGAUGUCCAUCAGCGGAAAGGAAAAGACGCUUGACGAGUUCAGGGAGAUGUUCGAUGCCGUGGGACUGGAGUUAGUCAAGGUGUGGCCGUCAAGCAUCGGGGCAACGGUGCAGCUCGAGACUCGGCUGAAGCGCUCAAGAUAAGUAGAGGUUCUUGCGCUGGGACAACCUACGUCGAAUGGUGUACUAGGUAGAUACCGACCAUACUAAUUAAAGGUGGUACUGACCGACCUGAUAAGGCUGAUACUGGGACUGACUGUAGUAAUGCUGGCAAUGACCGUAUUGAUGCCGGUACUGACCGCACUCAUACUAUAGUAUGUGGCGAAUCUUGUCCUGCCUUGCUCGGGCAAAGUUGGAGAGGACUCAUAAAUCUGCCCUUGACUAGGAGUCUACCAAUGCAGUUCUGCCCCCCAGGGAGCGAUAGUCACUGAAGUGCCCACUCGGGAGUUUUGGUGAGGAAGGAGCUCCCGGC